AUGGAAACCAAGAACCACACAAGGGUGCCUGAGUUCAUCAUGGAGGGGCUCUUUGAACAUCCCCACCUCCAAGGUCUGUUCUUUGGGAUCAUUCUGUGCCUCUUUAUGGCUUCGAUUAUAGGCAACUCUUUGAUCAUCCUGGCAAUUGUCCUCCACCUGCCUCUGCACAAACCCAUGUACUUCUUCAUUGCUAACCUGGCUUUUAUUGACAUUGUUUGCACUUCCUCUGUUCUGCCCAAAAUGAUGCAGAACCUGAUACUGGGAAAGAAAACUAUCUCCUUCAAUGGCUGCAUGGCUCAGCUCUUUACCUUCAACUCCUCAGCUGCAAUAGAGCUUGUUCUCCUCACUGCCAUGGCCUUUGACAGGUACAUGGCCAUCUGUCAUCCCUUACACUACGUAACCAUCAUGACCAAGAGAGUCUGCAUCACGUUAGCAGCCUGUAUUGGGGCCCUUGGAACCAUGAAUUCCCUUAUGCACACAUUGCUCAUGCUGCGUCUAGAUUUCUGUGGGCCCAACCUCAUCCAGCACUACUUCUGUGAGAUCCCACCUCUGCUGGCGUUGUCCUGCAGCUCAACUUACCUCAACGAAGUCAUGGCUUUCAUUGCCGAUAUUUUCCUAGCCAUGGGAAACUUCUUGCCGAUCAUUGCAUCUUAUGGCUUCAUCAUCAGAAGCAUCCUGAAAAUUCAGGGCUCAGAAGGGAAGUCAAGAGCCUUCUCCACAUGUUCCUCGCAUCUCGUUGUGGUUGCCCUUUACUACUCCACUAUCACCUACACCUACAUCCGGCCACCCUCCGGCUACUCCCUACAUAAGGAAAAGAUGGUCUCUGUGCUUUACACACUUGUGACUCCUGCGCUGAAUCCUUUGAUCUACAGCCUGCGCAACAAGGAGGUCAAAGUGGCCUUCAGGAAAAUCCUCGCGUUCUGCAAGAGAGAUUCAUGUUGA